GACAAAUAACAUUGACAGCAGUCAAUGAAAAUGUCAAUUUUAAGAAUUUAAUGAUUAUUUAUUCUAAAUAUGAUGAAUUUGGAAUUAAAUAUUAUGUAUUUGUUAAUGAAUCGUUUUAAAAGAUGAUAAAGAAACAUAAAAAAUUCUUUUUAUUUCUUUUGACAAUAAUAAUUUUGGUUACAUCUUCGAAAUGUUUUAAAAAUGUUCUUCAUCGGAAUUUGAAGAAAAAGUUGCAGAAAAAUAUUCUAAACCAGGAAGUUAUGGUUAAAUGUAAAAAUGAAUCAUUCUAUGGCAUUGAAAUGGAAACAUUUACUGGAAUUAAAUAUUACUCAUUUUUGGGAAUUCCUUUUGCUAGUCCACCAAUUGAAGAAUUACGAUUUAAGCCACCUGAACCAUUUAAUUUUACACAACGAAGAUGGAACGCGCGCUUUGAAAGAAGUCCCUGCCUCCAAUUUCAUCUCGAAUCGAAAAAAUGGAAUACAAAACGUUUAAUUUUUAAUAAUUUAGCAUUAGGAAAAGAAGAUUGUUUAUAUUUAAACGUUUACACACCGCGAUUACCAAAGAAUUAUUUCAACGAAAAAUUAUUACCGGUUAUGGUUUGGAUUCAUGGUGGUGGAUUUUUAAUCGGUGGAGGAGAACAAAGUCGUUAUAACCCCGAUCAUUUCAUAAACGAAAAUGUAAUCAUGAUUUCCUUAAAUUAUCGCUUGGGAGCUUUUGGUUUUUUAACAACGGGUAAUAAAAAGGCGCCUGGAAAUAAUGGGUUAAGAGAUCAAGUCAUGGCUUUAAAAUGGAUUAACGAAAGGGUUAAAUCUUUUGGUGGGGAUCCCAAAAAAGUUACGAUUUUUGGUCAAAGUGCUGGAGCCGCAUCGAUUUCUUAUUUAAUUCAAGCAGAACAUGCUAAAGGUUUAUUUUGUAGGGCAAUUAUGCAAAGUGGAACAUCUUUAUGUCCUUGGGCGCUCUCCAGAGAUGUUUGCCCCAAAGAAAAAUAUAAAAGAUUUAAAAAACUUUCGUCAAAAAAAAUUUUAGAAACCUCAAUGAAAGAAACGAUUCAAACUUUGGCAUUAAGAAAUCCAUUAAAUGGAUUUAGUUACGCCCCUGUUGCUGAAAAUAAUCAUUCCGAUUCAUUAUUUUAUGGAAAAAGUCACGAAAAAUUAAAAAACUGCGAUAUAAUCAAUCAAGUUCCAAUUUUAUUGGGUAUAAACGCACGCGAAGAAGAUACAAUAGCAACAAAAAUGCAUUUUUUAGAAAAAAUUUCGUUUUUUCUUUUCACGAUCAAAUUAAGAUUUAAUCGAAUUAUUAAAGAUGUUGUUCCCAUCGAUAUGAAUUUGGAUGAGAAUAAAUGUAAUAAGGAUCAAAUUAGUUACUUAAUUAAAAACCAUUACAACAUAACUAAAAAAGGAUUUACCCCUAAUUUAAUGCGGUUUAUAGGUGAUAACAUUUUUGUAAAACCAAUCAUGGAAUUCGCCAAAUUAUAUUCGCAUUGCAACAAAGGUAAAAACACGUUUUUGUAUGAAUUCGUUUAUGAUUCUCAUGGUGUUGGACACGGAGAUGAGUUACCUUAUUUUUUUAAACCAAACAAAAACGACUCAGUUUAUUUUAUUUCGAAGAGAUUAAUUAAAAUGUGGACGAAUUUCGCUAAAACAGGGAACCCGACACCUUUUAAAGACCCACUUUUACAAAAUAUUCGUUGGCCUUCCACAUCUGAAUACAACAAUUUUGCAUAUUUGGAAAUUGGAAAUGAUUUAAGUAUUCAAAAUAAUUCACGUACUUAUGAUCUCACUUUUUGGAACGAUUUGUAUGAAAAAUGUGGCACCCCACCUUUCGAUACUUAUUAACAUUACAAAAAUAAGAUAAUAAAUAAUCCAAUAAAUACUUUGAGUAAACGUUCUAAACUGGAUUAAUACAAGAUUUAUUUUAUCAAAAACUUUACUCAGUAUCUUACGUAAAGUGAUUGAAGAAACAUGUCUCAAACUUACAUUUGGCCCUAUUAUGAUAUUUUACAUCCCGGUUCCUUGAUAAGAAUCAGAGGAAUUGUGAAUAAAAACUCUGAUAGAUUUCAUAUAAGCCUCCAAGACAAUUUUGAAUAUUACUGCAGUAACUUAAUAAUGAGAACAUCGUUUAGAUUUGCUCGUGGGGGCACUUAUUUGGUAAAUAAUUCAAAAAAAGAUAACGUUUGGAUGUUAGAGGAGAUGUUAGAGCACGUUAAACUACAACCCGGGGAUGUUUUCGAAGUUUUAAUUUUAUGCGAAGCCACAAAAUUUAGAGUAAAUUAAUCAUACCUACUUUUAAAUAUACUUUUUUAAUAAACUACUUUUUAGAUUGCUUUAAACAAAGAGCAUUUAUGCGAUUACGAUCAUAAACAACCAAUUUCAUCGGUUAGAUGUUUUGGAAUUCAUGGUGAUGUAA